AUGGAUAAUUGGUGUUCAUUAUCAAAAAAGGAGAUGGAAUUGUGUACUAUGUGGGUCAUCAUAUAUAUGUCCUUCUUACACUUGGCAUUGUCAUUCAAUGUAAUACUUUAUCCAGACUCAAUCAUUACUAGUGUCGGCAAUAAUCCUGUCACUUUUAACUGUACAAUACAGUUGGAAACCAAUGAAACAACUGUUGAACACUGGAUAAUAUGGUGGAAGGACAACACCCGUAUUGUAGACAAUGAUAAUGUAUUGACAAGUUCUACCAAGUAUAGUGUUCAUGGCGUAUCAUCUGCUGCAAUGACUGAAUAUACACAAAUAUUGCAUGUUAAUAGCAUUGAAGAAGCUGACCAUGGUAUGUACACAUGCACUUUGGUUUUCGAAUCAUAUCCACCUGGAAAUACACGACAGUCUUUGUCAUCACAUGCUCCAAUUAUAAUAAGGUACAUCAUUUCUCAGCCUCGCUGUUCUGCCAUCUCAAGUAAUUAUGAAACUGGACAGCAACAGGUAAUACUGUUAUGUGCAUGUUCUCCAAGUGAUCCUCCAAUAACACUGCACUGGAUUAAUAAUAUGGGUGCUUUCUUGACAUCAAAAUCUCAGGUGCAAUUUAACGAACUGUUGGCAUUUAUACGUACAGUUUCCAAUGUGUCUGAAUCAAGCAAACAGUUGUUCACAUGUAGAGCCACCAGUGCAGAAUCCACGGACACAAGAGAAUGUGAAAUUAGUAAUCUGAUUUCAACCACUAGUAUCGCAGUCACUCAAAAGCCAUCAGAACCAUUUGAUGAGAAAUCAACUGUAAUCCCUACUAAAACAACCUACAAGGACAAAUCUCUUCCACCAUUUAUUUCAAAAAUUUUAUCAGAUACCCAAAAUGUUACAGAGCAAAUGAGAACAGAUCCUACAGCAAACGUGACUCAAGAAAUGUUAAUAUUUUCUGGUGACAAAAAAACUACUACAAUUGCCAUUAUUGCAGUAGCUGGUGUAAUCUUUAUAACAGUUUUUAUAAUAUUAGUACUUCUAAAAAAGCGUUUAAAUAAAAGAAAAUAUGAAGAAAGUGAAUCGCCAGAAGAAGGAACUGACAUCCAUAAUGGAAAUCAGCUUACCAGUAUUGAGGUAGGAGAUGGUCAGUUAGAUGACCAGUGUUCCGCAUAUAAAAGUUCAGUGUUUGAAAGAGAUAAGGAUGAAGCUGUUAAUUGUUAUGCAUCCUCAGACCCGAGAAAUAUGGAGAAAUGUCAGAAACCUGUGGCCAUGGACAAUAAUAAGAAAGCCAAUAGAGCCAAUGGAGGCAAUGGUAUUUAUCCUUUAGAAUAUAAUGGAUAUAAAAAAGAAUCUGUAUCACCGAAUAUGGCAGAAGAUCCUACCAAAUUUAAGACUGAUGACAUGAAAGAUGCGGUGACACUAUUACGAAAUGAGGACACAAAUAGUGAUGCUCUUCUUAUGACAGAGAAUUAUAUGUAUGUGUCUGCAGAUGAGGUGACAACUCAGAGAAACACAGAAAAGGCUGAUAUGCUUAAUACAGCAUGUUCACCAAAUGAAGAUGACAUGAAAGGAAAUGUAGUUAAUACAAAUGAUGAUCCUUAUCCUAUGGAAGAAAAUAUGAUGUAUGUGUCUGCUGAUGAAGUGAAGUUAAGUCAGAGACAACCAGUCAUGCAUUAUCAAGCAGAAAGUGGUGACAUCUACGCUGAAGUUGUAAAGUCAAAAACAUGA